GGUGUAACCCGUGGCUUCUACUGUAUGCGGCUGUGUCCACAAGAUCACAUCCUGGGUAUCCCUUUGUUUUGUAGCCAAUCGUCAGAGCAAGAUUCGUGCUUGAUUUUCCAAGAAAAACAAAGUCGUGCUCGGUAUGUGAUUUGUGGUGCACGAUAAAGACAGGACGGACGGACGGACGGGGAGUCCACGACGAUGGCGAGUUGGCGACCAAAGCAAGAAGACAACGGAUUCGUUCUGUCUGCAUUCUGCAGUCACUUCACCUCCGGAGACGACGGCUCAGAGUAACUUGUCCUGCACCGCAGUGCACCUGUGCGCGGACAGACAGAGUGAAGCUGUGCUCAGGCCAUGGAGCCCGUGGGAGCGCCGCGAGACAAGCCAGCGGCCGCGGCGAGGGGCUACUGGCGGUGGCGCAAGGACGACUUCUUCCCGGAGCCGUCGUUCGCGAGCUGGGGCGCGUACCGGGGCGCGCUGGCCGCGACGCCCGCGCGGCUCCGGGACCGCCUCCUCGCCGGCCGCUCCACCGACGCCGCGGAGCUCGGCGCGAUGCGGCGCCGGAGCGAGAACGAGAUGCGCCGCUGCCUCACCUGGUGGGACCUCACGUGGCUCGGCUUUGGCUGCCACCUCGGCGCCGGCAUCUUCGUGCUCACCGGCCAGGAGGCCCGCGACCACGCGGGGCCCGCCGUCGUGCUCUCCUACGUCGUGGCCGGCCUCUCCGCGAUGCUCUCCGUGCUCAUCUACGCCGAGUUCGCCGUCGAGAUCCCCGUGGCCGGCGGCUCCUUCGCGUACCUCCGCGUCGAGCUGGGCGACGUCGCGGCGUUCGUCGCCGCCGCCAACCUCAUCCUCGAGACCGUCAUCGGCACGGCCGCCGUGGCGCGCGCCUGGACGUCCUACCUCGCGUCGCUCGUCAACAGGCCGGUGAGCGCGCUCCGCGUGCACGUGCCGUCGUUCGGCGAAGGGUACGACGAGCUCGACCCCAUCGCGUCGGCGGUGAUCUUGGCCACGGCGAUCAUGGCCAUGCUGAGCACCAAGGGCAGCUCCCGCUUCAACUGGGUGGCGUCAACGGUGCACCUGCUCGUGCUAGCGUUCAUCAUCGUGGCCGGGUUCGUCCACGCGAAGCCGUGCAACCUGACCCCGUUCGUGCCCUACGGCGUGCCGGGCGUGUUCCGGUCGGCGGCGGUCGUGUACUUCGCGUACAGCGGCUUCGACAGCAUCGCCAACAUGGCGGAGGAGACCAAGAACCCGUCCAGGGACAUCCCGCUGGGUCUGAUCGGGUCCAUGUCGGUGAUCACGGCCAUCUACUGCACGAUGGCGCUGACUCUGACCAUGAUGCAGCCGUACACGGCGAUCGACCGGAGCGCGGCGUACUCGGUGGCGUUUGCCGCGGUGGGGAUGCGGUGGAUGCAGUACGUGGUGGCGGUGGGCGCGCUCAAGGGGAUGACGACGGUGCUGCUGGUCGGGGCGCUGGGGAACGCGCGGUACGCGACCCACAUCGCCCGGAGCCACAUCAUCCCGCCGGUGUUCGCGCUGGUGCACCCCAAGACCGGCACGCCCAUCCACGCCACGGCGCUCAUCACCGGCGCCAGCGCGUGCGUCGCGUUCUUGUCCAGCCUCGACGUGCUCGCCAGCCUCCUCUCCAUCAGCACGCUCUUCAUCUUCGUCAUGAUAGCCACCGCGCUCCUCGUCCGCCGGUACCACGCGAGGGGCGUGACGAGCCGGGCGCACGGGCGGCUGCUCGCGGCGCUCGUGCUGGCGAUCGUCGGGUCGUCGGCUGGCAUCGCGGCGUGCUGGGGCUCGGCGCCGGAGCGGUGGACAGGCUACGCCGCGCUGGUGCCGGUGUGGGCCGCGGCGACGCUCGGGGUCCAGCUGCUGCUGCCGGUGGCCCGCGUGCCCACGAAGUGGGGCGUGCCGCUCGUGCCGUGGCUGCCUUCGCUCUCCAUCGCCACCAACAUCUUCCUCAUGGGCUCCCUCGGCGCUUCGGCGUUCGUCCGCUUCGGCGUGUGCACCGCCGUCAUGUUGCUCUACUACGUGCUCGUCGGCCUGCACGCCACGUACGACGUCGCGCACGAGGAGGUGGACGACGCUGCGGCUGAUGAGAAGGCGGCGGCGGCCACCGACGUGGAGAAGUCUGGCGCCGGAGAUGCUGGGCGCUAAGAUGUGGCUGGAUUUGGUCCGUCUCGAUCUGGGUCACCAUGAUUGAGAAUGUAGAUAGACAUAGUACUGUUUGACAACGAAGAUGCAAAUAUUGCAGCAAAAUAAGUAAGUGGCAGCUAUGUGGUGGCAUUUUCAUUAGCACUUUAGCUAUAUGUCAGUCAACUGGAUUUUAAAUUUCGGCCAGCCAAUUUCCUGGUCGUUGGUCUUUGCUCUGA